UUCAUACAAAGAUCAGUUAUGAUAAUAAUUUUAAAUGAAUGCCAUGGAAAAUUUUAAAGAUGAAAUACGGCAAGAAGCUAGUAUUAUUUAGUAUGUUUGUUAUGAACUUGGUCGAUGAGCCGGCACCAGAAAUAACUAUCGAGCAAGGGGUUUUAAUCGGUAAAAUAAGCAGGUCUGGAACUAUUUUUGAAUACACUGGAAUUCCAUAUGCCAAGACAGAUAAAAGUACGCGUUUUCAGACUCCAGAACUGUCUCCAAAAUGGGAAGGUGUGUACAAAGCCACUGAGGAAUUUCACAUGUGCCCACAGCAAACACUUUUUGGUGUAAUGGGCUCUGAAGAUUGUCUUAAAAUAAACGUAUAUGUACCUGCUGAUUUUAAAAACACAAAACCUUUAGCUGUAAUGGUUUACAUAUAUGGAGGAGCAUUUACAUUUGGAAGUGGAGGGAAAAUACUCUACGGUCCAAAAUUUUUAGUAAAAAAAAAUGUAAUUUUAGUAACGUUUAAUUAUAGAAUUGGUUUACUUGGAUUCCUCUGUUUAAAAAUAAAAGAAGCUCCGGGAAACGCUGGUAUUAAAGACCAAAUAGCUGCUUUAAGAUGGGUGAAGAAAAAUAUUGCUGCGUUUGGUGGUGACCCUGACAAUAUAACAGUAUUUGGACAUAGUUCUGGAGGUACCUCACUCUCUUUUAUAGCUGCAAGUCAGGCAAGUAAUGGUUUAUUCAACAGAGCAAUUAUUCAAAGUGGUACAUCAGUGUUUAAUUGGUCUUUAAAUAGAAAACCUGUAUGGGUUGCAAGUCUUCUAGCUAAAGCAAUCGGUUAUUAUACAAAAGAUCCAAAACAGUUGUACGAGAUAUUUUCUAAAAUGGAUUACAAAGAUAUUAUAGCAAUAAAAGCAAAAAAGCCAUUAGAAAUGUAUUAUGACACAGGGAUUCUUCAUUUACCGUGUAUUGAAACAAAUAUUAUAGAUAUAGAAGCGGCUAUUACUGAAAUACCAUACAACAUUUUUACAAAUAAAACUGAACAUAUUGACGUAAUGUAUGGGACAGCAAGUAAUGAAGGAUUAUUCUUGACACCCGGCCUGUCUGAAGAAAUGCUUGACUCAAGAAACGGACGAUAUCUUUUUGCGUCUGAUUUACAAUUUCCAUCUGAAAGUAAAGCGAUGGAAACUGCUAAAAAAGUUCACAAAUUUUAUUUUGGCGAUGAUAUUAUAAGUUCAAGAAAAAUACUCAACGUUUCAAAAUUAUAUUCCCACUUAUGUUUUGAAUUUCCAGCAAUUUUCGAAGCAGAAUAUGUACUCAAUCAAAACAAUUCUAAAGUGUUUAGUUACAUUUUUAACUACCAAGGAUGGAGAAAUUUAGCGAAAUUGGCCAGCGGUUAUUGGUUUGAAGGUGGUGCAACUCAUGGAGAUGAACUUUUUUAUUUAUUUGAUUCUUAUUUAUACCCAAUAGUUAUUAGUGAGGCCGACCGUAAAAUGAUUGACCAAAUAACGACAUUGUGGACAAACUUUGCAAAAUACGGAGACCCUACACCAGACAUAACAGAUCUGUCAUGUAGAUGGAAACCAGGUGUUAAACAUAAUCUGCAAUUUUUGUACAUAGACAAUGAAUCGAAAAUGGGUCCAAUGCUUAAUCCUGAGGGUUAUCAAUUUUGGAAAGACAUCUACAGUAAAUAUCGAAAGACCGAUAUAACAUAAGAAACAUAUAGUUUUAGCGUAACACGUAACCUAAUUAUUAAAUUGAAACGAAACGUUUUUGUCAAUGUUGACAUUUAAAAUUAACGCUUAUGUAUUUGACUUUAAAUUAAAAACUGUAAAGUAUGAAAUUAAUAUUUUUAUU